AUGAGCAGAACCCUGCUAUCGAGGGUGUUCCCCUCUUCAACCGAUCCGGAAUACGAACCUGUCGAGAAUGAUGAAUUACUCGGCGGCACAGAUGGGACGGGAAAUAUACAGGAAGGGUCAAAUUCGAGAGCGGAAGAUGAAGGGUCGAGUUCAUUGAAGAAGCCGUUCUCGUGGUAUGAUUAUACGGUGUUUUUGCUUCUGGGGGUGGCGAUGUUAUGGGCAUGGAACAUGUUCCUCGCCGCAGCACCCUACUUCCAUCGCCGCUUCGAAGAAAAUCCCUGGGCCUUGGAGCACUACGAGUCCUCCAUCCUGUCCGUCUCAACCGUGACGAACCUGCUAUGCGUCCUGGUGCUCGCAAAGCUCCAACGAAAUGCCUCUUAUCCCAUACGAAUCAUAGUCUCGCUUGUGAUUCUGACAAUCGUCUUUGCGUUGCAAGCCAUGUCGACGGUCUUUUUCCGCGCAGUCCCUAUUGGGAUGUAUUUCAUUUUCGUCAUGACCAUGGUCUUGGGAGCUAGUUUUGCGAUGGGCAUGAAUCAGAAUGGCGUCUUCGCAUAUGUUUCUAGGUUCGGACGUCCGGAGUAUACGCAAGCUAUAAUGGCAGGGCAGGGGAUUGCGGGCGUACUUCCCUGCAUUGUCCAGAUAAUUACGAAUGCAGCUGGGCCUCGAAGGCGUGAUCAUGGUGAUGACCACCACGAGAAGGGCGGUGAUGACUUCUACAAGUCCGCACUGAUGUAUUUUCUUUUCGCCGUCUUGGUCACUUUGGUAGCCUUGUUCUCAUUCCUACGACUUAUGAACCGCACUGCUGGGUCUCGAUGGUUAGCAAGGGAAUUGCACGCUAUUCAAAACGCACCCACAAUGUCAGACCCGAACAAUCCUGCCCCUGAACUCACUGCACCAACCCACAAAACCGUUGGACUCUGGAGACUCUUCCUCCGGCUAAAAUGGCUCGCUCUCGCAGUCUACCUCUGUUUCACAGUAACCAUGAUCUACCCCGUAUUCACCGUCAAAGUGCAAUCAGUCCACAACGACCCCGCGACACGAUCCCGCAUCUUUGAGCCCGAGCUUUUCAUUCCUCUCGCCUUUCUGUUCUGGAACAUGGGUGAUCUGAUUGGACGAAUGUCCCCCAUCGUACCAGCCCUGGCUCGCACAACAAACUAUCCUCGCGCACUGUUCGCGUUCUCUGUUUCGCGUCUGGUUUUUAUUCCCUUGUACCUUGCUUGCAACGUUCGGAGUGGUGGGGUGACACUUGUUAACAGUGAUUUCUUCUAUCUGUUCGUCGUUCAGUUGGGCUUCGGCUUGACGAAUGGGUUCUUAGGCAGUGCAUGCAUGAUGGGUGCUGGUCAGUAUGUUACUGCUGAUGAGCGGGAGGCGGCUGGCGGGUUCAUGAGUAUGAUGCUUAUUGCUGGGUUGGCAACUGGGAGUUUGUUGAGCUUUGUGUUUAGUGGAGUGUAG